AUGUACCAUUGGAUCAACAAACAACCACAGGCAGUGUACAACCUGGAGAAACAACCACAGAACAUAGUAUACCACAUGUACCAUUGGAUCAACAAACAGCCACAGGCAGUGUACAACCUGGACAAACAACCACAGAACAUAGUAUACCACACGUACCAUUGGAUCAACAAACAACCACAGGCAGUGUACAACCUGGAGAAACAACCACAGAACAUAGUAUACCACAUGUACCAUUGGAUCAACAAACAACCACAGGCAGUGUACAACCUGGAGAAACAACCACAGAACAUAGUAUACCACAUGUACCAUCGGAUCAACAAACCAACACAGGCAGUGUACAACCUGGAGAAACAACCACAGAACAUAGUAUACCACACGUACCAUUGGAUCAACAAACAACUACAGGCAUUGUACAACCUGGACAAACAAACACAGAACAUAGUAUACCACAUGUACCAUCGGAUCACCAAACCAACACAGGCAGUGUACAACCUGGAGAAACAACCACAGAACAUAGUAUACCACAUAUACCACCGGAUCAACAAACCAACACAGGCAGUGUACAACCUGGAGAAACAACCACAGAACAUAGUAUACCACAUGUACCAUUGGAUCAACAAACAACCACAGGCAGUGUACAACCUGGACAAACAAACACAGAACAUAGUAUACCACAUGUACCAUCGGAUCACCAAACCAACACAGGCAGUGUACAACCUGGAGAAACAACCACAGAACAUAGUAUACCACACGUACCACUGGAUCAACAAACAACUACAGGCAUUGUACAACCUGGACAAACAAACACAGAACAUAGUAUACCACAUGUACCAUCGGAUCACCAAACCAACACAGGCAGUGUACAACCUGGAGAAACAACCACAGAACAUAGUAUACCACAUAUACCACCGGAUCAACAAACCAACACAGGCAGUGUACAACCUGGAGAAACAACCCCAGAACAUAGUAUACCACAUGUACCAUUGGAUCAACAAACAACCACAGGCAGUGUACAACCUGGAGAAACAACCACAGAACAUAGUAUACCACAUGUACCAUCGGAUCAACAAACCAACACAGGCAGUGUACAACCUGGAGAAACAACCACAGAACAUAGUAUACCACAUGUACCCAUUGGAUCAACAAACAACCACAGGCAGUGUACAACCUGGAGAAACAACCACAGAACAUAGUAUACCACAUGUACCAUUGGAUCAACAAACCAACACAGGCAGUGUACAACCUGGAGAAACAACCCCAGAACAUAGUAUACCACAUGUACCAUUGGAUCAACAAACAACCACAGGCAGUGUACAACCUGGAGAAACAACCACAGAACAUAGUAUACCACACGUACCAUCGGAUCAGCAAACCAACACAGGCACUGUACAACCUGGAGAAACAACCACAGAACAUAGUAUACCACACGUACCAUUGGAUCAACAAACAACCACAGGCAGUGUACAACCUGGAGACAACCUGGAGAAACAACCACAGAACAUAGUAUACCACACGUACCAUCGGAUCAGCAAACCAACACAGGCACUGUACAACCUGGAGAAACAACCACAGAACAUAGUAUACCACAUGUACCAGCGGAUCAACAAACAACCACAGGCAGUGUACAACCUGGACAAACAACCACAGAACAUAGUAUACCACAUGUACCAUCGGAUCAACAAACCAACACAGGCAGUGUACAACCUGGACAAACAACCACAGAACAUAGUAUACCACAUGUACCAUCGGAUCAACAAACCAACACAGGCAGUGUACAACCUGGACAAACAACCACAGAACAUAGUAUACCAGAUGUACCAUCAGUUCCACAACCAGACAUAA